ACCUUGUUUGAGCUAUUUCUGACUGUUGGCUCAAAAGCGCCUGUUUUGACCCUGUUCUCAGACCCGGGGUUCCCUCUAUGGCAGGUUUCAACCCCGCUGCCACGCUCCUGCGGGGUCAUCUGGAUGGGACGGUCCGUUGCCUUAUCGGCGGAGCUGCCGCGGCUCCGCCUUUGAGGAUCGUCUCGACUUCCUCGUUAUCCCCUAACCCUCGGGCUUUUGUUUUCCCUCGUCCAAUGUCCCGAUCACCACCACGAUGAUUGCCGAGCAUCUACACCAGUCUGCCCUCGGACAGCAUCUUAUAACAGCGACAACACCAGUCCUUCUACCUUACAAGCUUCUUUCCAUCACCCCGACAUCCUCUCAUCACUAAUCGCCUGCCAUGGCCGCUAUAACCACCGCCGUCGACACCGCUGGCCCAACCAGCUCCGAAGAAGUCCAUGUCGCCCCAUCCCUUCCACUCACCCAGAAGCUCAAGUACGGCGCUUUAGCCUACGGCAUCACCAAGCUCGUCAUGACUCCCGUGAACUUUAUCAACUCCAUCAAGACCGAUUACUUGGGCUCUUCCCCGAACAAGCCGGAUAUCAUCAAGGCGUUGCCUUCAAGGCCGCAGUUGCCCGUUCGCGUCUUUCUCCCCAAAUCACACUCCCCCUCGAACCCCGAGCGAUCUCACGAGAAGCUGCCCACCUUGCUUACCAUCCACGGCGGCGGUUUCGUCAUCGGCGCACCCUACGAGAACGACGGUUGGAACCGCCGCUUCGUCCAAAUCGCCGAAGAAGCCGGCACCCCCUUCUGCGUGAUUGCUCUCGACUACCGCAAAGCCCCCUCCUAUCCCUUCCCAACAGCCAUCCACGAUCUCGAGGCCGUCAUCCUAGACCUUCUCGUCGACUACGGGUCUGACCCGUCCACUGCAGUAGUUGAGAAACACUCCGACUUGCCAAUCGACACGCACCGCGUCGCUAGCGCCGGCUGGAGCGCCGGCGGGAACCUGGCAAUGGCUGUGUCGCAGCUACCUGAUAUUCGUCACCGGAUCAAGGCCGCGGUGCCCAUGUAUCCGGUGCUGGACUUUGUCACUCCGUCGGUGGCUAAGACUAAGUCAAGGCGGUAUAAGCUGAGUCUGGGCGGGUUUAGGGGAAGGGAUACGGACUACUUGAUGAGCGUGUCGGGCAUGUUCGAUUGGAGUUACGUCUCACCGGGGCAGAAGAUGGGGGACCCGUUGCUGAGUCCGUUGUACGCGGUGGAAGUACUGGAAGAAGAAGACGCAGAGGGGACUCAGGGGAGGGUCACUAGGGUGAAAGGAAGGGAAAGGUUUCCCGCUAAUGUUUUUAUUGUUGCUUGCGAGCUGGAUAUGUUGGGCGGUGAGGCGUGGCGGAUGGCGUGUAAGUUGGCGGGGAGGAGGGUUCCGGGGGUUGAGGAGAUGUUGGGGAGGGAGGAACCUGGUCCUGGUGAAAAGAAAGAGGGGAAGAAGGGGGGGUUGUUGGAGUUGGAGGAUGAGAGGUUUCAUUGGCAGGAGGAAGUGACGGAGAUGGAGGAGGAUGGGCGGCAGCAAGUGAAGAGGAGUUAUAGGUGGUUGUUGGUGCCUGAUGUAGUUCAUGGAUAUGAUCAGGAUGGUAUUUCGAGGAUUAAGGAUGAGGAGGCGGUUAGGAAUGGGAUGGAGAAGAGGGAGGAGGUUAUGGAGAUUGUUAGGGGGUGGUUGGUGGAUGGGGUUCUAUGAGCGGUUACGGAUUGGGGAGUUGGUAAGUCUGGCGUUAUGAUGCGGAUGGCUUUUGACGUUCCCUCCUUUUUUCUUCUCUUAUCUGACUCUCUGCUAGGCUCCAUCUUUUGGAUAAGUUCUCACCCUCCAACGCCUUGACAGUUUCCAAGACUUCCCGAGAAUUGAGCUGACCACAACUUUUUGACAAACGGACCAUCGAAACGAAAGACGAAAAUCAAGAAACUCAAUUAUAUGAUCAGAAAGAGUGCUCUCUUGAUAGUUUCAAGCACGCUGAUGUUGAAUCUAAAAUCA